AUGAAAGGAAGGGGAGGACGGAAGGCGGGAGGCAAGGAGAGAGGGAACGACGGUAGAGAGGGGUGGGACGAGCAUCAUGAGCUUCCACCCGACGGGCUGGAAGCUCUGUGGAGCAACAGAUAGCAGAGCGGGAGGCAAAAGAAGAAGGGAGAAGUCUGCUCUCUCUCUUAACCCCUCCAUCUCUACAACAUCUCUCCUUCUCUCCUCCUCCUCCCAUCUGACGCAGGGAGCCCCAAGUUUCAGGUUUUUCCUCUCUCCUCCUUCUUGCUGCGCACACUGCGUUUUCUUUGCACUGGUGAUUGUAAAGCACGAGAAACGAAGACUGAGCGCGACGGCACGCUAGAGACACCUUACGGGAAACAGAAAUGCGGGGAUUGCUCCCCUCGUCAGUUUUAUCCUUGCACCACCACCGAGGACUCGCAGGUUCAACUACAUCUUCGUGUUGACACGAGCUCAGGCGUGCAUGGUUCCGUGCGGCGCACAGAUGGAGCUGUGCGCUCCGAGUGUGAGUGAGAGCUCAGCUGAGCGUGUGGCAGCGUUGUUACCGGAUACCUGCUGCUGCAGUGCCUCCCAAAUGUGAAGAUGAAAAGUUCAAAACAACAUGUGACGGGUUAUCACUUCAAAGGAAAUCCAAAAGAGGCAAAGCGUGGUGUUACUUCCCCGCCUUCUUUUCUUCAUCAGCGUGCGUCCAGGAUGGAUCCCGUCUGGCUUCUCCUCCUGCUGCCAUCCGUCCUCAGAGCGCAGAUGGCUUCAGAUUUCCCAUCAGGCGUCACAGUGGAGACGAGCAACAGCACUGACUCAUUGACAAACAAUACAAGAACUUCAGAAAACUCCACCAGCCCCUCCACUUCCUCCACUGCUGCAGAGCCUUCGGGGUUUUCCACUUCAGAAGCUCCCACAGAAAUAGAGGAUGACUGGUCACCGGCAGAGACAUUUCUGUACACCGGAGACCCCUCGACUCUGGUAGCGGGCCGUUGUUCACGGGCGUAUAGCACCCGUGGGCAGAUGGGACCCCUGCCCCUCAGCUUCACCGCCCCCCUCAGGCCAGCUAUGGAUGCACUAGCCAACACUGCCAACUUUCUUAACAUGAUCUUCCAAGCUAGUGACCUGCAUGAGAGCACGGUGCAAGAGGAUAUGGAGUGGUACCAUGCCCUGGUCCGUGCCCUUCUAGAAGCUGAUGUGCUCAUCCGGCGGGCCCUGUUUACGUUUGAUGCCGACCCAACUGCCCAGGUGCCGCAGCUAGUGCUCCAUGCAACUCGCAGCCCAAUGGCUAAGGUGCAGACAAUCAUCCUCCAGGACUUAUCCAAGGCAUGGGAGAGCCUGCACCCACCUGCCCCUGCCCCUGAUGACAGCUGGUUCAGAAAGCUGAAAUUCCCAGAGUCCAGCCAGCCAAUUACAGCCCUGUCCAAACGAGUGCUCCUCAAUGACCUCAACACCUUGGACACACCUAAGUGGGGGCAGGGUGACAGCUAUGUGACCAAUCGCAGUGGGGUACGCUGGGAUAGUGCUCCUUUUCUGGACUGUAUGGAUGAACGCUUUGUGCCUGGCUGGAUGCUCACACUCUCCACCUCCUUCUUUGGUCUCAAGCCUGACCUGACACCAGAAUUCAGCUCAUGGUUCUGGCGACGCUGUCGCUGUAAAGAAGGAUACUACAGCCCUGACGUAUCGCCUCAGGACUCAGAUGGAGCCCCUGUGAAUGAGAGUGACAGCAAUGGUAUGUGUUACCCGAACAUGCCCAUCUGUCUCCCCUGCUGGCCGGGCUGUAAGAGCUGCCAGGACGGUACCCCAUGCUGGGUGCAGGAGGACUGGCUUCUUAGGUCUGGUGUGCUCGCCAUCCAGGGGGUCUUCAUGCUCCUCAUUUUCAUCAGCAUGCUGGUGGUCUUUAUCAUGUACUUCAGGCCAAGCACCUUCAGGUGCAUCCUGCUCCGCUGGGUGCGAAUGCUCGGUUUCUCCAUUGUCUACGGCACAGUCUUUAUCAUGUACUUCAGGCCAAGCACCUUCAGGUGCAUCCUGCUCCGCUGGGUGCGAAUGCUCGGUUUCUCCAUUGUCUACGGCACAGUCACACUUAAGAUGUACAGAGUACUGAAGGUGUUCCUGUCACGCACAGCCCAGAGAAUGCCCUACAUGUCCAGCCUCCAUUUACUGAGAAUUCUGGGAGUGAUGCUGAUGACAGUCAGCUGGUUCCUGUGUGCAUGGACGGUGGGUGUUAUGCAGAAUCGUGACAGAAACAUUCCAGUCUUCAUCACAACCAACACACCUGAUGGACAGGGCUUCAACAUGUGUUACCUUGACCGUUGGGACUACAUGAUGGCUGUAGCUGAGCUUCUGUUCCUGUGCUGGGGGAGUUCACUGUGGACUGCUGUAAGGCCAGUACCCUCAGCUUUCCAUGAACCUCGUUACAUGGGCAUCGCCAUCCACAAUGAGCUGCUUCUCUCCUCUCUGUUCCACCUGUUCCGAUUUACCUUUCCAUCUCUUCAUCCUGAUUGGAUGCUUCUGCUCUCCUUCACACACACCCAUGUCACCAUCACUGUGACACUCGCCCUGCUCUUUGUUCCCAAGUUCCUUUAUGUAUCCAAACCUGGGAGAGAGGAGAUUGCAGCAGAGGUGUAUGAAGAUGAAGUUGAUCUGCGGCGCUCUGGCUCCUACCUCAACAGCAGUUUUCGCUCUGCAUGGAGUGAGCACAGUGUGGACCCUGAUGACUUUCGGGAUGAACUGAAGAAAUUAUAUGCCCAGUUAGAAGUCCACAAGACAAAGAAGAUGGCUGCAAACAACCCUCAUCUACCUAAAAAACGAAGCUCUCGAUGUACACUGGGGAGAUCCCUUAUAAAACGCAUAGCUGAAAUCCCAGAAACGAUGAGCCGCCAGUGCAGCCGUGAAGAGAAAGAUGGAUCCUUCCGCAGUAGAAGUGGGAAUCAUUCUGACUCUUUUAGAAGGUCUACAGAGACGGUCAGUAUCAGUUACAGAAGUUCAAUGAAGUCAGCAUCUCUAUCACCAUCACCAUCCAUGCGUAAGUCGCAAAGUGAUCAUCACUAUGUCAGGGAACGAGACUCUUUGCACACCUCCACAUUAAGGGCCAAUAUUGUGAAGAGAUCCUCACAGCGAUCUGAGACAGACUCCUUGGAUAUACCACCAGGGGUCUGUAAGUCAGCCAGUGCCCAGAAUCUGACGAUUGAUACCAAUCUCUUGCAUCCUGAUCACAACAGACUUCAUAAAUCUUGGAGCCUAACCUCAACUACCAGCCAUUCUAUGGAGAAUAUACCCAAGGUUAACAGAGCCAACACAGUGAGUUCGAGGCCAAGCCUUUCUAUAAGUGACCAGACCAGGAGUGCUCUCAAAUCUGAGUCAUUUGACAAGGCUGAAAUCUGCCCUUGGGAGGUGGAGCCAGAACAGUCAAGUGACAAGAACCAGAAGCAUGUCACGUAUGCAAACUCUGGGGAUGAUGAGGAAAAACGUCCACCAUCUCCACUUGCACUUGUCUGUCCUUGGGACCAUUUGCCACCUGUAGAAAAGAAGUCUUCUGUGGACAAAGGCCUACAAGGUGAAACCGAGUCCCCCAAGUCUACCGUGUCUACAAGUGCACCUGGUUCUCCGAGAUCAAAGGUUGCAAAGGAUCAGCGUGUUUUCUCUUUCCGCACCACUACAACCGCUAAGUGGCUGACUGUGAAAACAUUGAUGGGAUCAAUUGAUGCAGCUAGCAGGUCCAGCAAGGAUGGAGGCUUAAAUAGAGAAGAUUCUAUUUCGCAAAAAAGUCAGGAAAGUGCUUCAACAACACCAAGGUCAAGACAUCCUAGCAUUGAAAAGAGGUCACUCCAGAAAAGAAGCAUGACAACAGCAGAUGGAAAACCAUGUCUUGUUAAGCAGAAUGCAGUCAGACUCUCUUCUGGGGAUUCCUCUGACAGAAGCCCACGAAGGCUUGUAAUUGUAAAAUCUUCUAUCUAUCCAUGUGAUUCAGAAGAUAUGCAAAAAGAUGGGACAUAUGAACACGUGCUUUUGUCGAGGCAGAGUAGUAAACGUAGUAGUAUAAGUUCUAUAAGCAGCUCCAGAACCCCUUCAACUCACAGAAGAGGUAGUUAUCGAAUUACUCCAACCCGUAAUGUUCCUCAUACAGAUGUAUGUUCACGGGAUAUCGCUAGUGGAGAGGGACUAAAGAAGCAGCAGAGCAUCAAAGCAGAUGUCUGCCCUUGGGAAUCACAGGUAUCUGAACGAUCUAACGUAUGUCCUUGGGAAUCUCAAGAGCAAGCGAACAUGAGAAGACGAGGAAGUGGUUAUGGAGAAGUGGGUCCUUUGGAAUCUCAGGAUAUUCCAGUUGUUUCUCACACUAUCCUUUCUAAAGAUUUACAGGCACAGCAGCCUUUAAAAGGCAUAUUAAACAUAUGUCCCUGGGAGACUUCAGAGUCUCCCCAGCCUUCAGUAAUACAAACUAAUGAAUACGCUAAUGUUUGUCCGUGGGAUAUGCAGGACAAGGUUGAAGGUGUAUACGAAAAUUUAAAUCCUUUAGAAAACAGGGGAACACUGACAGUGCCCCUUCAGCGAGAGGUCAUGAAAGCUGCAAUCUAUCCUGGUGCAUCAAGUAAUGAGCAACAUUACCAUACAAUAUCACCUGCCUCAAACUGGGGUAAAAACAUAAACAAAGCAGCAAGUUCUCCAUGGGAUUUCCCUGAUCCCCCGUCAAUCAAGGAAAAUAUUUGCCCAUGGGAAGGCAGUAACACGGAGCAGACAAAUACAGAAUCAACUCCACAAAUGACAAUAAAGGUACAUAUUUGUCCCUGGGAAAGUGAACAAGACAAUCCAGAAGAUUUAGAAAUAGAUACCUCACUUUUGGAAGCUACUUCAGAACAUACUGAUGGAAAAGACAGCACAAGAGUUAAUGUAUGCCCCUGGGAAACAGCACUACCUGAAAAAACUGCAGCGACCAAAACAAUGUCUCAAGAACUUAAAAAGCCAGCAGAGGUUUGUCCAUGGGAAAUAGAGGAACCAGAAUCAGGAAAGCCAGAGAUCCCCAAAGUUCUGAAAAAGCAAGACAGCACAAAAGCAGAUGUUUGUCCAUGGGAGACUGAAGAAUCAAAAGUUCUGAAAAAACAAGCUAGUGCUCUGGCAAAUGUUUGUCCCUGGGAGACUGAAGACACUAUGGCUGCCAAAAAGAACGAUAGUAUCAAAGAAAAUGUUUGUCCGUGGGAGACUGAAGAACCAAAAGUUCUUAAAAAACAAGAUAGCACUCAGACAGAUGUUUGUCCGUGGGAAACUGAAGAACCAAAGGCUGCCCAAAAGGACAAUAGCACUAAAGAAAAUGUUUGCCCGUGGGAAACAGAAGAACCAAACAUUCUCCAAAAACAAGAUAGUGCUCUGGCAAAUGUUUGUCCGUGGGAAACUGAAGAACCAAAAGUUCUGAAAAAACAAGAUAAAAAUGUUUGUCCGUGGGAAACAGAAGAACCAAAAAUUCUCCAAAAACAAGAUAGUGCUCUGGCAAAUGUUUGUCCGUGGGAAACUGAUGAAACCGUCCAAAAGAAAAGCAUCACUGGAGCAGGUGAAGACAAAAAUGAUAUUCCCAACAGUGACAAGGAUGUCAUAGAAAGUCAGAGCUGCCUUAGUGUCGAAGAAACUCCAGCAGACACAAGCCCUGAGCAAACAGAUGAGUCUAAAGCAAACUUAGCCCUGGGCAGGCGAGAUGCUCUGUGCCCUUGGGAGAUGUUAAGGAGCACAUCUGGCUCAUUCACUGACAAUGCGUCAGAUAUCUUUACAUGGGAGCCAGAGAAUAUUCCAGAGGAAGACGAAGACGACGAUGCCGAGUGUGCUGCUGAAGCUCUUGUAUUCCCACCUGACCUAUAGCUUUAUACUUUUGUAGCUACUGUAGGCUCAGCUAUAGAAGAGCUUCCCUGCAGCUGGCAAAGGCAAAACUUCUUUCUGAUGGAUUAUUAAACAAUAAUUAAAGAGUAGACUUGAUUAAUGAAAUUUGACAAACAGCCGGGCCAUGCCCACAUGUCUAAAAGCCUGGAAGGCUAGACUUGGCUGGACUCUCCAAGUUGUGCAGACCUGACUGAAAAUACAUUUUGUAAUGUACAUACAGAAGAUUUAUGUACCCCAUACAUUUAACACAAAAAGGAUUUUUACAUGAUAGAAGGGCAUGUAAAGCAGUUAGCUGACGUCCAAUGUCUUUGUUUCUGUCCCCCAUGUUAAAUGCAAAUGAUUUUGUGCGUCUUUGAGUGACGUCACUCAAUUUUGCCAUGAGAUCAGUAUAUUGAUGGGUGAGCUAAAAUUAUUACAAAAGCUGAAGUUAAGUCAGCACUACUCUCAAACAAAAGUACAACACUAGGUGUCUACAGAUACGACACUGUGGAAUACUCCUGCCCCAUAAAGAUACACCAGACAACUCAAAGUUUCUUAAAAACUCAUUUGUUCAAACUAAAAUAAAAUACAAACUGUCAAGCAGGAAUACAAUGGACACAGUUACAUUUCAAAAGUAUUGAUAAAACUAUGCAUACUUUUUUGUUUGGGUGACUCAUUUCCUGACUAAAUACUAGUGUUUACUAUUAAAGUGGACCGACUAUGCUUUUAUUUUCGGUCAUGCUCACUGCCACAGUGGAAACUGCCACUCAUAUUUGAACACAAAGUUUUUAAUGGUGUGUGAAAAUUAUUCUGCGAGUCAAUAGCUUGGUUUCAGACAGUUCUAUCUACUGUGCUCAUUAUUUGAUAUCAUUGAGAGGGGCUAUCCCUAAUGUGGUCACCUCAGGCACCCACCAACUGUUUAUACCUUCUGUUGUUGAGGAGCAACUAAUCAAAAGGAAGAUGGUCUAAAAAGAUCAAACAGCUUGUUUCACACAGUGAAUGAACUUAAUCUGAACUCCGGGUCAAAGAAAAACAUUGCAAUCACCACAGAGCUGUUGUGUAAUCACCUUUUGAAAACACUGCAGCUAUUUGAUAAGGCUGAUUACGUUUUUAAGCACAAAUGACUUAAGCCAAAAGUGGUUUGUACCACAGUAGUAAAUAUUCCUUGAUUGUUUAACAGAUCUUGACAAUAUUUUUUUCUUUAAAGACAACAUCUUAUGAUUAUCAGAUGGUCAUCAUUCGCUAAUCACUUCUUCACAUCAAACAAUGCUUUUAAUUUCAGUGUGUGAUAUUAGUGAAUGCUACUUUAAGUUCUGAAUCUCUGCUCACAGAUUUCAGAGUCAG